UUGCCAAAGAAAUGCCACAACCAAAAACACAUUCCAAACCUCCACCGCCCAAAAAGAAGAAGCCACCAAAGCAACCUGCAAAUAAUCAACACAAGCGCUCCUCUACUUCCAAACUCCAGGAACAAGAAGCGGACCCAGACACGAACCUCCUUAUCACUAUCCAGACAGAUCUGCUCAAGACUAACCCCGAACAAGCCGUCGUCAACCUCAUUCAAAGUGCCCUCAACACACAUACAACAGAUCCGUCUUUCCAAACCCACCUCCGAACCAUAAAACAACUGUUCUAUAACCGCCAGUACACGGAUAUCUUUACCAACCCCGCUCUGCUUCCCGUUUAUGCCGCUGAGUAUAUCCCGGGCAGAGCACUAUGCUACCGUCGGCUGUUUGUGGAAACCAAGGUGUUGCGAGAUGUGCUGUGUGCGCAGGACGCACUUGUGCAUUGUUUGGGAGCAGGAAAUGGGAGUGAAGUCGUGGGAAUUGCGAGUGCCAUGGUGGGAUUGCAAGAAUGGAUAAAGUGCAAAAAUGAAGCAUCGUACGAACCGAGAGUAACAGUUCACUGCCAAGAUUUAUCCAAUUAUGGCACCGUCCUCCCUUGUCUUGAAGCUGCGAUCCGCGAAGCAUACCAAUUACCAUCCUCCUACCUAACCAUCGAGUCCUCCACAUCAAACCUUUUAGAUGCAUCCGCGCCUCUGCCACCCGCAACCCUAACAACAGCUCUCUUUGUCCUCAACGAACUCCUAGCAACCUCUAAACGCGGCUUCGUAGCCUUCAUAUCCAGGCUCGUUCAAAGCAUCCCCCAAGGCGGCCUGCUACUCGUCGUUGAUUCUGCUGGUUCUUUUUCGGAAUGCACAGUAGGAAAGGGUGAGUACAUGGUGUACCACCUCCUGGAUGCCGUCAAGGAAUUUGAGGUCCUCAUCAAAGAGGAUGCAGUGUGGUAUAGAUGUGAUCCGGGUUUGGUCUAUCCGCUUAGACUAAAUCAUAUGCGGUAUUUUUUGAGGGUAUAUAGACGGAGAUGAGGUGGAACGCUCCAAUGCAUGAAUAUUAUUAAUAGACAGCUACAAUGAGGCUGUUGAAAGAUCAAAGCCUG